UUAAUAUUUCAGAUAAAAACAUGAAAAAAUAAAAUUUACAAUGAGUAAUUCUAUGCUGUUGCAACCACCGGAUUCCGGAGACUUCACUUUAGAACCGGAGGAUGAUCUGGAUGCCUUCAACGAUGAAACCUUCGGAGGAGCAGCAGAAUGGGAAGAGGAGGCUCAUGAAGAGCUAGCUCAGCUCACAGAACAGGAACGAAUUGCUCUCCAGAGUUCUAAUGACUUCUUUGAGUUUGGCUCCGAGGACGGAGACUCAUUGGAGCCUUUACAGAAGCAUAAUGGAGCUAACGGAGCAGCUACGCAGCUGUCUCAGCUCAGCCUGGAGCCAAGUCAGCAGGCUCCAUUAUCCAUCCAGACCUCUAUUCCAGCUCCUCUACCUCCCUCCAUACAGGGAGGAGUUUAUCAUCAAGGAGUUCAACCUGUUUAUCAACUUCCACAACAGGUUCAAUACAACUUGAUGCCUCCCUCCCACUUCCAGGCGGUACAAGGAGUACAAGGAGUACAGCAUGUACAAGCAGUACAGACGGUGCAAGACCCUCUGAUGGAUCCUGCGAUUAUGUCCUUCAGUAAACCUCCCCAGUUACCGAAUAUUAACCAGGUUCCGACUCAGUAUACACAGAUACAGAUGCCUCGGGGUAACUUUCCUCCCACCCAUCCUCCUGUCAUUCAACAACAACAGUUCCAGCACGCCAACAACAGCUUUCCACAGAACAACAGCUUUCAACCCAACUCUUAUCCGACACCAUUCCCGGCCAACAUCAUGGGAUUCAAAACUAUUCAGGAUGUGGAACAUGAACUUCUGUACGGGCCCCGUCCUGUUCAACCUGUCGGGCCUAGCUUCCCGCCCAAUCGGGGGGUUGGACACGCCUAUCCACCUCCUCGUGGGCACCCACAGCAACAACAGUUUCAUCAAACAAAUAGAAACUUAAACUACCCCGGCAUGCGGGAUAGGCAGGGACACCAGGUUUAUAAUGAUAUUAACAGUCAACGGCGUCAAGAGAAUCAGCGCCAGCUUGAAAAUCAGCGUUAUCAGGAUAAUAUUAAUCAACGUUACCAAGAAAAUCAACGAUAUCAAGACAAUUCUCGAAAUCAGUCCUGGAAUCAGCGCUCUGGGGAUAAUAUGAACCGAAACCGUCCUUACGACAACCGUGACCACCGACAGAACGAGGAGGACCGCUACGAUCAUCAUGAUCGUCAACAGAAGAGGUUUGAGAGGGAGGAAGAGUGGGAAGAGGAUAGCUGGAGAUGGAAUGAGGUUAGGAAUAGAGCCAGGGAUAGCGCCACACGACGAGAUCUGAUGCCAGGGCAGGUUCAUGUUCAAGGUAUACUGCGCCACUCACGCGAGCCGCGCUUGCGUGAUCCUGAAGACGAUUGUCUGGGCGAUGAUGCACCCUUGUUUGAGCCUACCGGGGAUCCUGUCCUAGACGCUAAACUAUCCCAGGAGCAGGCGGAGUUAGCCAACAGAUGUCGUGAGUUUGAUGAAACCGAAGACGAAUAUGCUGGAUUAAUGUCUCAUAGGGACAAACAGUUUAUUAUCAAUAUCCAGCUCUCACAGUUGAAAUGUGAUAAUCCAUAUGUAGACGAUUACUACUUCACCAUGUUUACUGCCAAGCAGCAGCAGCGGCAAGAUCCUGGGAAUACAGCGCAGCUCCUACUUUCUGAACUCUCGGAGAGUGGAGAUGCAGAGACAGAAUAUAUUCCUACACAGUUCCAGAACUCUCUUGGUAAACUCCAGGUUGUCACUGUGAAAGCACCUCGGCAAAUCAUAGAUGUUGGAGUGGUUAGAUGUCAGGAGACAAGUAGUCCAGUAGAUGAUACUGGUGCAGUUACAGACCCAGGAUUAACUGUAGUUAAAGACCAGAAUAGAGCCCAGGAUUACAAAGGAACCCUGCUCCAACUAGAACGUGUCUACAAUAUCCUACUUGAACUAGAGAGUCUAAAACUUAAACUCUCGGCUAUCCCUACCGGGGCACCUCUCAGAGAACAGGUUACAUUGGAUCUGACCCGCCAAAUUCAAAUCUUAAUUGCGGGAUUAAACAAGCCCUCUCUCAUCCCUCAAUACCUACAGGUGAGGAAGGGUCGAGGAUUGCUGUCUAGAUGCUUGAAACAUCUACCGGGUGCUGCGGCUAAUAAAAUAUGCCAGGUAUUUCAUUAG